GGGGAUCUUCUCUCGCCCGAUGCUUGCACCAGCCGCGGCGGCUGCUGCGGGCAGCAUGGGCGAUGGAGGAGCGGAGCAGGGACGCGGCCCCAUCGGGUUGGCGUCAGCCGAGAGAAUGCGAGAUCUGGGAAGCCGGGCGGAACUGGGGAGCACAGGGCGCACGGGAGACUGGGCCAGUGGCGGGGCUGAAGGAGGAGGAGGAGGAGGAGGAAGAGAAGGAGGAGGAGGCGGCGGCAGCCGCGGGCUCAAGGACGUAGCCGGAACCUCGGCCACCAGUCCUCCAGCCGGAUCUAAGACAACCUGCACUGAGAGCGAGCGCCAAGCUGGAGCCAACGAAGCGGAUUAUUGCCGCCGGAUCCUUGUCCGAGAUGCCAAGGGGACCAUCCGGGAAAUUGUCCUCCCCAAGGGUCUCGACCUGGAUCGACCAAAGAGGACCAGGACAUCCUUCACAGCUGAGCAACUGUACCGUUUGGAGAUGGAGUUCCAGAGAUGUCAGUACGUGGUGGGAAGAGAACGGACUGAGCUGGCCCGGCAACUGAAUCUCUCAGAGACCCAGGUCAAGGUCUGGUUCCAGAACCGUCGUACAAAGCAGAAGAAGGACCAGAGUCGGGACUCAGAGAAGCACUCGUCAACUUCCACCUCUGAGGCCUUUGCCACAUCCAACAUCUUACGACUUUUGGAGCAGGGACGUCUUCUCUCAGUCCCUGGGGCCUCUAGCCUCCUAGCCCUGACCUCCACACCACCAGGCCUGACCACCAGCAAUGGGGCCACCCCCCUGGGGCUCCCCCGGAACUCCUCUUCAAACCUCACUGGGACCAGCCCAACUGAGAGCCCUCCCAAAGCAGGAGCCACCUUUGGCCUAAUUGGUCCCCAAAUGGCCUCAACCUCUACUUCUCCUCGACUCCCACCCCCACCACCUCCUCUAUGUUUCACCACAACCCCACUCCUGGACUUGCCCAGUGGAUAUGAAUUGGGUACCUCAGCCUUUGAACCCUACAGUCGGCUGGAGAGGAAAAACAGUGGCCCCGGCAGCAAGAAGGCUAAUACAACUUAACCACCUCCUUAGCCCACACUGACACUCCUUCCCUAUCACAUGUCCAUUUAUCCCCCCAACCCCACCCCAUUACCCCAGCCAGGGAGUGAGAAGAAAAAGUCUCCACUCUCUGUUAGUCUCUCUCCCAGCUGAAAAAACUCAUCAACCAAAUGUCUGGGCAGUUUGUGUGUGUGUGUAUGUGUGUGCUCACUCCAGUGAGUGUGCAAGUGUGUGUCUCUCACAGAAAUAAAAGGAAAGGCACAAGAAUGAAGGAGAUAAAAA